CCAGUUCAAUUUAUAUCAGCCAAGUUUAUUUCUUUUGAUUUAUUCUUUUUUCAGAAGAUUUAGAAAAGGGCAGUUAUGUUCAAAGGACAGUCAGCAUGGUUUUCAACAAGUGUCGGCAAAAAUGUCAAAAGGCUAUGGGUUGAUAAUGGAGGCAGAGUGAGUGAUCUAGGAGAUGCACAGUUUAUAUUCAGUCAGAAUACACAUUCACCAGACACCCUUAGUGUGUUUGAUAGUGAAGCAUAUGUAGAGGAACAUCUGGCAGUAUUUCAUCCAAACUACAUUAAAGAAUGCGUAAAACGUGGAGGUACUGAUCAAGUUAUCCUUGGCAAAUACUUCUUUCCUCCUGGAGAUGUACAAGCAAUAGCCAGAAAUCAGUUACAAUAUCAAUGGGACCUGGAUGGAAACAAGUCUGAUGGAGGCACUACUAAUUCUUCUGAUGACGAAGAUCCAGCACCAUCAUCCAAUGUUGUGUUAAACAAUAGUAAAACUGUAAGAAGAGACAUUGUUGACACACAGCAAGCAAGUACAAGCAAGCCUCGGUGCCAGAACAAGCCAGAUGGCGCUAGUGAAAAUCAAACAAGAGAUAAUGGUAACAGUGGUGUUGAUGUGACACAGGCACACAAUAAUCACACUGUUCCAGGGCAGUCGCUGGGAAUGGCACAUUCUGAAAAUAAUAAACAACUCGAGAAAAGAUCACUGAGAAGAAGUUCAAGACAUACAAAUCAGAAUACAGGAACUGUGACAGACAAUGUAAGGCUACAGCAUGAUGAUGAUAGGAUUCAACAUGAUUUAAGACACAAAACUGUUAAAAGUGCAGAGAUAAAUAAAACUGGUUCAACCAGUAGAGAUAAUGAAGAUGAUGAAAGGAAAAAAUCUUCAGACUCUAAAAGUGUUGGAAAUAAAAAGGCACCUGCAUGUGGCAGUGGAAUUAAAGGAUAUGAGAAGAGUAAACGUCUUCAUCAACAUGUUGAUAAACUUGAUUCUGAAAUUCUAAGACUAGAAGAUCUGGCCAAAGUUACAGGUGAUUUACAAGAUUUUGUUGUUGGCAAGAAUGGAUGCCAGUUAGUCAAAAUUACCUGAAAAAACAAACAAACACUACUUUUUGAAUACAAUAUACCAGGGCUCACACUGUUGAUCGUUAUGGUUGUCAUUUGCGAUAAUUUUAUAGGAAAUGGCUAGCCGUAAGGGCCCUUAUGGCUAGCCAAAAGUUCUAGCCGUAUGUGAGUCACGUACGACUAGCCAGGACACACUGUAUUGUCUCGCCAUACGGCACUUUUCAAAAUUAUAUGAAAGUCAAAAUGCAUAUCUUUAAACAAGGAUUUUUACCAAGUUCCCGCAUUUGUCCUUGUGUGUUCACUUUAAUAAAGAUGCUCCGCCACUAAGAAUGGAUUGCAGUGUGUUUACAUCAGUGCACAAUUUAUCUACUAGCUUACGGAACGUUGGUGGUUCUACUCAGGUGCCAGUUCGUGCCGGAAAUAAUGCACGGAAGGGCACCUGAGGUCUUCCUCCACCAGUAAAGCUGGAACGUCAACAAAUGACCUAUACUGUGUCGGUGUGACGUAAAACCCAAACAAACAAAACAAUUAAUCAUUCUUGUAUGUUUGAAAUGACAUCAGCAUGUAUGAAUGAGUUGUAUACUUAGGAUGACAUCAUUACGCUGCUUAUUGUCAAAAUAUUUAUUAACUGGUAUGGAUCAAAUCUGUAAGUGUAUGUGAGAUAUUAUUUCAGUAUUGUAUUGUAUUGUAAGAAAACAUAAUAAGAACUGAAUCUAUAAAUAUGAAAAUGUUUUUAACCAGGUUUUCCGAUGGAAAAAACUGGUUAUUAGAUUGAGGUAUGUGGGCGGGCUGAAGGGCGGGCGUAAACAAUUUCUUCUGUGCGCAACUCCCCCUACAUUUCUCAACGGAUUUUGACCAAACUUUCACAGAAGCUUUAUCAUCAAGUGCCCUGGUGCAUAUUGUUAGGGGUUUUGAGAUUGAAUAAUAUUUGACCUAAUUAUGGCCCUUUAUUUGUUUCCUUAUCUAGAAUAUAUAGUGAACAAUUUCUUCUGUUCGCAACUCCUCCUACAUUUCUCAACGGAUUUUGACCAAACUUUCACAGAAGCUUUGUCAUCAAGUGCCCUGGUGCAUAUUGUUGGGGGUUUUAAGAUUGGAUAAUAUUUGACCUAAUUAUGGCCCUUUGUUUUUUUUCCUUAUAUAGAAUAUAUAGUGAACAAUUUCUUCUGUGCGCAACUCCUCCUACAUUUCUCAACGGAUUUUGACCAAACUUUCACAGAAGUUUUGUCAUCAAGUGCCCUGGCGCAUAUUGUCGGGGUUUGUGAUUGGAUAAUAUUUGACCUAAUUAUGGCCCUUUGUUUUUUUCCUUAUAUAGAAUAUAAAGUGAACAAUUUCUUCUGUGCACAACUCCUCCUCCAUUUCUCAAUGGAUUUUGACCAAACUUUCACAGAAGCUUUUUAUUUAUCAAGUGCCAUGGGGCAUAUUGUCAGGGUUUUGUGAUUGUAUUAUAUUUUGACCUAAUUAUGGCCCUUUGUUUUUUUUUCCUUAUACAGAAUAUAUAGUGACAAUUUCUUCUGUGCGCAACUCCUCCUACAUUUCUCAACGGAUUUUGACCAAACUUUCACAGAAGCUUUGUUAUCAAGUGCCCUGGCACAUAUUGUCAGGGUUUUGUGAUUUAAUGUUAUUUGACCUAAUUAUGGCCCUUUGUUUUUUUUCCUUAUACAGAAUAUAUAGUGAGCACUAAUCUCUGUGCAAUUCCUCCUACAUUAUUCAUGAUUUACAUUGCACAUAGUUACAUUGUUGUUGCUUGUAUUUGUAUUUCAACUACAACAAAUUUAUCUACAAUGGUGAUAAUUGAAAACCUGGUUUCGUGGCAUUGCCAUGUUUCUUGUUUGUUGUUGCUUUAAAAGGCUUUGUAAACUAUAUAAUCAAGGGAGAAAACAUAACAGCCGCAUAAACAAGUAGUCCCUAACCAGUGUUUAUUGGCAGUUUAACACUGUUUUUUUCUCUUCUUUGUCUAUAGUGACAAAAUCACGUAGAGUGUUGGGAUAUUAUUUUUUAAACAGUGAUUCUACAAUUUAACAUUUUUAUUCUGUUCUAUCAAAAUUUUAAUUGUUAUUAAAGCACAAAUGUAUCAGUGUAUUUGAGAAUUCUUAUAAAACUUAAAAAGUUUUUAUAUGUAAUGUAUAUUUAAUCAACUGCUCAUGUUGUUAAUUGCAGAAUCGUGAAUAGUCCGCUGAACUUUUGGCUAUUAUUUUGUUAAGUUAAAAAUAUUGGCUAUUAUUUCUUUUAACCCAGUGUGAGCCCUGCAAUACUAAAUAAAAUAUGUUAUGUUACAAUGUUUUGUUUAUGAAGAUCUAUUUUAAUCAAAAUUUGAUUAAUAUAUAUAUUUUUUGAACUGUUACAUGUAUAGUUUUUGUUUUUUUGAAAACACAUUUCUUACAAAAUGCUUGUUAAAUGAAUAUUUUUUUAAUCUCAGUGUUUCUUGGUUUUAAAUUGAACAUAAUUACAUGAUGUUCAAUCAAUUAGUUUAAAGCAGCACGCCUCCAGAUUCAUGUUAUUUUUCAUGAAAAUUUUAGAAAUAUAUUUGAAAGUGAAAUAUUGUGAGGUGAACAAAAACAGUAAUUUACAUAUUGAAGUCGGCACUAACAAUCCAAGAAAAUAACCAAAACGUGGUCAACAUAUCCAAAACAGCCCUUACUGCUUUAGUAACGCAGUAGAAAUAUGUUGACAAAAUACUGCAAAAUAAGUCUUAAACCGCACAUAUCUUGUAAAAUAUAACUUGGAUCUUUAAUGUUUUUACCAUUCUUAAAAUUUUAGUACAUUUUUCUCAAUAUUGAUUUUCUUGAAAUAUUUUGGCUCAUCUGGAGGCAUGCAGCAUUAAUAAUAUUUUAUUGCCUGUACAUACUUUUACAUAUAUUUCUAUACAGUAUAUGAAAGGAAAAGUUUUUGCACCAUUAUCUAAGGCUCUCCCCUGAAUUAUUGUUUGACAGAACGGAAAUUUUU